AUCUGUCAAUUCAAAACAAACUGAAAAUUCAAUAAGCCGAAAAGCCGAUUACUGUUUACGAGUCUGAGUUGUGAAAAAGGGAGUUUUUUUCAUAUAAUCAAAUGAAAUACUUUAGAUCUAGUUAAAUUUCAAGAGAAUACAACUCAUUGUUUGUGAUUUUGUUUCGUUUAAAAAUUGAGUGACAAAGUUUUGCAGGCAUGGCUCACAAACUUUCAGAAGGAUCUCUUGAGAUAAUAAUGAAUGGUGGGCUCUAUGAUAAGCCAAUAAUGCAAGUGCUGGGCAGUAAAAAAAUACAAGGGAGUGGAGCCAAUGAGAGGUUCAGACUUUUGGUGUCAGAUGGAAAGCAUUCCCAUAGCUUCGCCAUGCUAGCAACACAACUGAAUGAUAUAUUAAUAAGUGGGCAGCUCUCAGACUACUCUGUGGUACAGAUUAACAAAUUUGUCACUUCCGUCUUGAAAAAUACAGGCAAAGGAGAAAAGCGGGUGAUGAUUAUCCUGGAUGUAACCAUCAUAUCUCCAGGCACAGAAGUUGGCAAGAAACUUGGUGACCCUCAAACUUGGUCUGAAGAUUCAGUGACAACUACAGCACCAGCUCCAAGCCCAAUGAGACCAGUACCUCAGCCCACACCAGCACAAGUCCACUCCUUGGCCAAACCGGCUGCUGGGCCUAACUUGGACUCUAGCUUGCUUGGCUCACAAAUGACACAUCCUAUAGCCAGCCUUAGUCCCUAUCAAAAUAAAUGGGUUAUCAAAGCUCGGGUAAUGAACAAGUCACCAAUUAGAACUUGGAGCAAUGCAAAAGGAGAAGGCAAACUGUUUAGUAUGGAUCUUUGUGAUGAGAGCGGAGAAAUCAGGGCCACUGCAUUCAGAAAUGAGUGUGAAAAGUUCUUUGACAUAAUACAGGUUGAUAAAGUGUAUUACAUCAGUCGUUGCCAACUUAAAACUGCGAAUAAACAGUUCACUGCCUUGAAAAAUGAUUAUGAAAUGACAUUCAACGCGGACACAGUGGUCGCCGAAUGUAUGGAGGAUGCAUCAACACUCCCCACUGUGAAGUAUGACUUUGUGCCUAUCAGUGAUAUUGCUAACAAGAACUCGGACACAAUAUUAGAUGUCAUUGGUGUGUGUAAAUCGGCUUCCGAUGUACAGGAACUCACAGCAAAGAACACGGGCAAGUUACUUAAGAAGAGAGAAGCCACUCUUGUUGAUCAAUCUGGCGGGGCUAUUAUACUCACAAUCUGGGGCAAUGAAGCGGAGAACUUCGAUGCCAGCAAUAACCCUGUUGUUUCUGCAAAGGGAGCCCGCCUGGCGGAGUUCAACGGAAGCAAAUCCCUGUCGUGUCUCGUGUCUACGAUGCUGAGAAGCAACCCCGAUCUACCGGAAGCGCACCGCCUGCGUGGCUGGUAUGACAACGGAGGCGCUAAUAUGGAAACCGUUAAUAUUUCCGCCAGGUCCGGAGGCCAAUCCGGUGGUAGCGGUGAAUGGAUUACGUUUUCCGAAGCCGACGCUCGAAAACUUGGCACUGGAGAGAAAGGCGACUAUUUCACUCUUGUAGGCGUACUGACAUACAUGUUCGCAGACAACGCGAUCUACAAGGCGUGCCCUCAAGAACAGUGCAACAAGAAACUGGUUGAUCAGGAAAAUGGACUCUUCAGAUGCGAGAAAUGCAAUCGAGAGUAUCCCAAUUAUAAAUACAGACUACUACUUGGGGCAAACGUAUCCGACCCAACCGGUGACCAACGUAUAACGGCAUUCAACGAAGCCGCCGAAACGAUACUCGGCCAUUCCGCUGCGGACAUUGGCCGCAUGUCGGAGUACGACAAAAACGCGUACACGCAACUGUUCGAGGAAGUCAAGUUCAAGACAUUCGUUUUUAACUUCCGCACAAAAAUGGAGACUUACAGCGAUGAAGCCAAAUUAAAAACAACAGUUAUGAGCGCCAAACCAGUGGACUACAAAGAUGCGAACGCAAAACUCGUCAAAAGCAUCAUGGCUUUGAGCGGCGUCCAACUAUAAUCCGAUUUUUAUGAUAGAACUCGACAAAUAAAAUAGUGGUGCCGCGAAUUAUUCAAUAUUCAAUAUUACGAAAUGAUACUAUAUUUGCGCGCGUAACCGCGGUAUGUCUACUUCACGACUAGCAUGGGCAUUAGACAUUUUUCUCCCCGAAGAAAACACAAAAUUUUAUCUCAACUCUCCGAACAUUGGCGAACGUGGGUAUUUUAUUCAAAUAAAAUAAUAAACGAGGGUAAACUUUCCUAUUUCCUGAUGCCGUGCUUUAGCAGGGGGACACGUACAUUUCAUCCCUUGUCAGGGAAUAUAAUUUUAUCUCCUGCCUAUGCUAGCAUGUAUUACAUUAUAUUUUAAAAUUCAUGUACAGUCAAAUUUAUAGUAUUAAAUGAGAAAGGGGCAUCAUGUUAACAGUUUAUUCACCAGGGUAACAAACAAAAACUCAAAAAUUAUGUUAAGAGUCACAUUUUGAAAAUUUCA